CUACCCGUGAAUAAUGUAUUGAGGGUUGCUUCUUUCACUACUUUUUUUAAAGAAUAUCAUCUGACCCUUGUAAAGUAAAUAUGUUAUUUGAGCAAAUAUUACAUUUAUGAAAAUUCAUGGAUUAUACAAUUUGAUUCAAAAUGAUGCUUUUUAGUACUGUUCGAUAUGUCGAAUCUAAGCACUUCAUCCGGUUCAGAGCUGGCUUGGAGACUGAAAGCUAUCGGUGACGUCGAGCAGAAAAUAGCUGAAUUGAUCAAACAUGCGCAAACGUGUGUUAACGAACUGAGCAAAGAGAAACAGAUCAGCAAAUCUAAGAUGGAGGAAGCAUCAUCAGCAUUCAAGAAGUGCCUUAAUUCGAUCGAAAGUGAUCUUAAUGCUCAAAUGCAGUAUUUAAGUCAUGUUUGUGUUGGCACUCCUCAUCAGGGUUCAACUUUUGCAAGUCAGCAGAAUAUAGCUCUUGCGGAACAAACAUUAGUUUCUUUAAAGGACCGGUUAUCAGCUAUACAACAUAUUUAUCUCCCUGUUACGGCAGAUAUCUCAGGGACGAGAUAACAACAAGGAAAUGAAGGGAACUAUCGUUUUCUUAAGCAACAUGGUUUACUUCUACAGAUAUUUGGAUAGGAUCAGAUUCGCUUGUAUAUGUGCAUAUUCAAGAAUUGCAAGAAAUGAAGGAAUAAUUUAUUUGCUGCUUGUUGGAAAAAUACUGGAAACUGUUUUACUUGUUGGGAAAAUGGAAAACAAAAAGGAUCUUUUAUAUUCAAGUAGCAUAUUUCCAAACAUGACGAAAACUAAGAGAAGUUUGAGCAUUGUGGAUAACUUGAAAUUUAUUCUUAUUUUAAUGGAUUAUUUCCAAGUGAAGCAUUUUGGGUUUCAUUUUGUGAUCCAAUAUUGAUUACUUCAACUUUCUUGUCAGACCAUUUCUG